AGCCGCGCCACUCCCCUCCCAUGUGAGCUUGGCAUGACAACUGAUACACCCUCAAGCUCACGCCUUCAUCAUUUCGCAUGCAAGGCUUGUCAGAAAAGAACUCGGGUCGUGUGAGCAAGCUCGGGUAGUGUCCUUUCUCGCGUUCCCCUUUGAGAAUUCUUGAAAACUAACUUCUACGCACGCCGCGUGAAUGGAUCACCCGAAGCUUGCGCCCGUGAAGGUGAAACCGCAAUGUGCGGAAGGCGACGCAGCAGACGCGGCGUCAACGCAGCUGAACGAGCAAAGCGACUCUGCUCAGCCGCUGUCGCCAACGGCUCGGCUCUUCUUGUCGGACGUGUUCUACACCACCGUGCUGUGCGCGCUGGAGUUUAAAGACCGCCUGGCGAUCGACGAGCUCCGGACGAUCCUCUCGGAUACCCUUUUGAAGCAUCCUCGGUUUCACAGUCGCAUGGAGAAACGUGGCUGUAAGGGCGGCGAGCAGGUGUGGGUGCGCACGCAAGUCGACUUGGCCUACCACGUCGUGGAAGGCACAGAAUCUGACCAAUGUGACAGUAACGAGGGAGCAGCUCCUGCCGAGGGAGCUGCAAGUCCGGCAGAAUCGAGAAGCGCGGAUUCGGAGUCCCCGUGCUACGAGGAGGGAAGUGUGGAGUGGCACAUGCGGCGCCUGCAGCACAUGCCGCCCUUCGACCCCUCCCGCCCUUUCUGGCGCGUGCACCUGGUGUCUCUGCCCCACGGCCGCUCUGCUGCUCUCUUUUGCAUCCACCACUCCCUGGGCGACGGUGUGUCGCUCAUGUCCCUCCUGCUGGCCUGCACGCGCCGCACCGACGACCCCGCCCUCCUCCCCACUAUCCCUGGCGCAAAGCGCCAGAGCCCCUCCCAGCCGCCCGUGCAAGGGCCAGUAGGAACGGCAGCAAGCGGGGGUGAUGAUGGGAAGCCGGGGAGCAAGCAGGGUGCGUCAAAUGGAGAUCCCGGGGAGGAGGGCAGUGAAGGGUUGGUGGUAAGCGGAGAGCUUCAGGAGCAGCUGGGUGAUGCGGGCUGGAGUAAGGAUGAGAAAUUAAAGCCAGGCCAGCCGCAGGGUCAGCUGCACAUGCCGUCGGCAGCGUCGGCGUUCACCCUUGACUCGAUGACUGCUUCGCCCUUCACCCCGCAGCCAGACGGGCUGACAGAAGACACGCCCACAGCAGCACAGGCUGCAGCAGGGGGGGGUGCUACCAGGGAGGAAGGGGCAGGCAGUGCGGCGGAGAAAGGGGGAGGGCGAGGGGGGGUGAAGGGGGUGGUGGGGGUGCGGAGGAGGGCGUGGCAGGUGGCGUUGGUGCUGGGGAACACUCUGUGGCACGUUGCAGCUUUCAUGGCUGUGCUGAUGUGGCGCGCUGACACCGACACGUGUGUGAAAAUGAAGGCAGGGAAGGGGAAGAAGGGAGGAGGUGCGGUGGUACAGCAGCCGGAUGGGGGGAGAGGAGGGGCGGAAGCUGGGGGAGGAAAUGGGGGGGGAGAGAAUGGGGGGAGGUUUGUGUUUGGAGUGAGCGGGCCGCUGUCCCUGAGUGACAUUUCGAGGGUCCGAAGAGCCUUUGGUGCAACCAUCAACGACGUCUCGGUGACGAUCAUCUCAGGCGGGCUGGACCGCUACCUGCAGCACCACCACGCCCAGGCUAAGGAGGCAGUGUCUCCAGGAGAGCCUGCCCCAGUCGUCACCUGCCCGCUGCCCCCCUCUGUUCGCCUCAGUGCGCUCUGCGUUGUCAACAUCCGCCCCACGCCUGGACUUCAGGAAAUGGCUUCGAUGCUCGCUGGUCGCUCCAAGGCGCGCUGGGGCAACUGCCUCAGCACGUUCCUGCUGCCCUUGCCCGUGCACUCGCCCUCGCUCACCAAAGGGCUGCCGAAUACGGAGGGGGCAAAUGUGAAGAACACUGACGAAAAUGCGGCAGGGGAGGUGGUGGGGCGGCUUAAGAGCAGCGAUGAGCAGGCAGCAGGGGAGGUGGAGGGGCGGCGGCUGUGCAUGGUGGCGGCCAUGUGUGCGUCCAAGCGUCAGUCGCUGGAGGCGCAUUACAACUAUGUCAAUGCACGCCUCGUGCUCGCCACUGCUGGCAUGAAGGUGCUUUUCUCCAAUCUCUUUCUCGUGUGGCCCUCUUUUUGUCUCUCGUGCUGUCGAUUCCUCCCACUACAAUUAUGUGGCGCGGGUGUAGUUGUAGCGGGAAAAAGCCCGACACGAGCCCGACUCCCUCGUGAAGUUAAACUCUCUCCUUGUCACAAGCAGCUGCGGCGCUGAUUCGCAGCACCCUGCCUUUUCAGGCCGAUGCUCUGCCUGCCUUUUCACACCGAUGCUCUGCCUGCCUUUUCAGGCCGAUGCUCUGCCUGCCUUUUCACACCGAUGCUCUGUCUGCCUUUUCAGGCAGAUGCUCUGCCUGCCUUUUCACACCGAUGCUCUGCCUGCCUUUUCACACCGAUGCUCUGCCUGCCUUUUCACACCGAUGCUCUGCCUGCCUUUUCACACCGAUGCUCUGCCUGCCUUUUCACACCGAUGCUCUGCCUGCCUUUUCAAGUUUUGAGACGCCUCAAAACGAUGUUCUGCCUGUCUUUUCAA